AUGGCUGCCACCAUGGAGAAACCUGCGCCCAAGGACUUGUCCUGUCACUACUCGAGAGUGACCAAGAAUCGCUCGGCCAGCAAGAUGAAGCAAUUCUACAAGUAUUUUGCCAUUCCCGGAAUUGGAAACCUCGCGGGAGGUCUGCCCAAUCCUGGCUACUUCCCCUACGAUACCUUGGAGGCCGCGACCGCUCUUCCAGAUAGGUUCAAGCCGACUCCUAAUCGGCCUGUUGACCCUCCUUCGGUCGAACUGGGCCAAGCCCGCCUUUCAGAGGGGCCAGCGGCUUCUCGAGUCCUCGUUCCCCACGACUCGGCUGAGCCAAAUGUGCUGCGAAAGAUUGACUUGACCACGGCGCUUCAAUACGGCACGGCACAAGGAUACCCUCCGCUCUACACGUUCAUCCGAACAUUCACCCAAACCCACUUGCACCCGAACGUGCCUUAUCAGGGCGGGCCGGAAGUGAUUUUGACUUGUGGAUCGACGGAUGGGUUUUCCAAAACCAUUGAAUGCUUCAGUAACGUGUGGGAUGAAGAAAGAGACUGGAUUCGGGAACGCGAGGGGAUCUUGUGUGAAGAGUUUGCCUAUAUGAAUGCCAUCCAAGCUGCACGACCUCGUGGACUCAACAUUGUCCCCGUGGCCAUCGAUGACGAGGGCAUGAUGGCUCACGGACCCGGCGGUCUGGAAGACGUGAUGGCACACUGGGAUAAGAACAAGGGCAAGAGACCUCAUCUGAUGUACACGGUGACGAUGGGUCAAAACCCCACGUCGGGACUGCUCUCACUCCAGAGACGGAAGGAAAUUUACGCCUUGUGCCAACAGUACGACGUUAUCAUUGUGGAAGACGACCCAUACUGGUACUUGCAAUAUCCCUCGGCCCACGAGCUCUCCACAAAGGCCCGGGGCGAGCCGGUGUCGGACAACUUCCCUCUGGACGCAUCAUUCAACUACAACGUGUCUUCGGGGGGCCGGUCUGGCGGCUUUCCCUUCUUGGACAGCCUCGUGCCUUCAUACCUAUCCAUUGAUGUCGAUGGACGCGUGGUGCGACUCGACACAUUCAGCAAGACGGUGGCUCCUGGGUGCCGACUGGGUUGGAUCACCGCUCAACCCGAGGUGGUGGAGAGGAUUCAACGUAUCACCGAGACCAGCACCCAACAACCUAGCGGGUUUGUGCAGAGCUUGAUCGCGGAACUCAUUAUGGGCCCGUCACCAAAUGGUGAUGCCGGCAAAGGAGGUAGUAAAGACGGCAGUGGAUGGAAGGUGGAUGGAUGGGUCCGAUGGUUGGAAGGUCUUCGUGGCAACUAUGAACGACGAAUGCAAUUGAUGAGCUCGAUUCUGGAAGAUGGAAAAUACCUGAUUCAAGACGCACACCGACGGUCGAGCGUGUCCGUGACAGAGGAUGAUGAUGAUGACGGCGACUACCAGGUCCUUCACAAGACGCAAUUGUACGAUUUUGCUUACCCGAUGGCGGGCAUGUUCCUGUGGAUGCGGGCCCACUAUGAAACUCAUCCGUUGUUCGACAGAGUUGAUCACGAACGACUGGCUCGGGCCCUUUGGAUUUUCAUGACGACGGAACCAUAUCUGAUUUUGAUCAGCCCUGGUUCAAUCUUUUGUCCGACGCCAGAGAUCAUGAAAGAGAAGGGAUGGCAAUACUUCCGACUUUGCUUUGCGGCAGUGGAUGAUGAUGUGGUUCAAAAGCAUAGUGAAGGAGUGGUGAACGCCUUCCGGGAUUUCUGGGCCAUUGAUGAUGUGCACAAGAUCGAUAAGCUUCUGGAAGACGACGAGGAUGUCGAGGCGAAAUUAAUCAGAGGUGCCGUGCUGAAUCAGGGACUUUAUGCCGUGAACCCCGUGAUUUGUUAG